UAACAAAAUGUGCUUUUGUUUGUGUGUUACAGGGGAUGCUUGUGGAGGGUCCAUCUGGCCCCGAAGGUCCAACUGGUCUCCCUGGCCCCACAGGGCCGUCUGGUCCCCCAGGAAUCCCUGGAGAUCCAGGUGAGAGGGGCGCACCUGGCCGACCAGGCUUGCCUGGUGCUGAUGGUCUUCCAGGCCCUGCAGGGACUGUCCUGAUGCUCCCUUUCCGCUUCAGUGCCGGUGGGGAUUCGGGACAGAAAGGACCCGCUGUGUCAGCGCAGGAGGCCCAGAUGCAAGCCCUCAUGCAGCAGGCCAGGCUGGCAAUGCGUGGACCAACAGGCCCCAUGGGAUUGACUGGAAGGCCAGGACCACUGGGUCCUCCGGGUAUUGCAGGACUGAAGGGAGAAGUAGGGGAGGCAGGUCCACAGGGACCACGUGGCUCCUUCGGUUCCCCUGGGCCUCCUGGUAAACCAGGAAGACGGGGUCGGUCAGGAGCGGAUGGAGCUAGGGGUAUGCCAGGACAGACAGGAUCAAAGGGUGACAGAGGGUUUGAUGGUUUGGCUGGAUUGCCUGGAGAAAAGGGACACCGAGGAGAGUCAGGCCCCAUGGGACCCCCUGGACCACCAGGAGAAGAUGGUGAAAGAGGCGAUGAUGGUGAGAUUGGACCAAGGGGUCUGCCAGGUGAACCUGGACCCCGUGGGUUGCUUGGACCGAAAGGACCCCAGGGACCUCCCGGUGCUCCUGGUGUAACUGGUAUGGAUGGCCACCCUGGACCCAAAGGAAACAUAGGACCACAGGGGGAGCCUGGACCACCAGGACAGCAAGGAAACCCAGGAGCUCAGGGUCUUCCAGGGCCUCAAGGACACAUCGGCCCCCCAGGAGAGAAGGGUCCACUUGGGAAACCAGGUCUGCCAGGAAUGCCUGGAGCCGAUGGACCCCCGGGUCACCCUGGAAAAGAAGGACCUCCUGGUGAAAAAGGACACUUGGGGCCUCCUGGCCCUCAAGGUCCAAUUGGGUAUCCUGGACCAAGAGGAGUGAAGGGAGCUGACGGAGUCCGUGGUUUAAAGGGAACCAAAGGUGAAAAGGGAGAAGAUGGAUUCCCUGGUCCUAAGGGGGAUAUGGGCAUCAAGGGUGACAGAGGGGAGCUAGGGCCUUUUGGACCAAGAGGUGAGGAUGGUCCAGAGGGUCCCAAAGGGCGUGGUGGUCUUCCUGGUGAUGCAGGCCCCCUUGGUCCAACGGGUGAAAAGGGCAAGCUUGGAGUUCCCGGUCUGCCAGGUUACCCGGGACGACAAGGUCCGAAGGGGUCCCAGGGGUUCCAAGGCUUUGCGGGAGCCAAUGGAGAGAAAGGCACAAGGGGAACAGCAGGAAAACCAGGUCCACGUGGACAGAGGGGGCCGACAGGUCCUCGAGGAGAGAGAGGUCCCAGGGGUCCAACAGGAAAGGCAGGGCCAAAGGGCACUUCAGGAGGUGAUGGUCCCCCUGGACCACCAGGUGAAAGGGGCCUUCCUGGGCCUCAAGGACCAACUGGAUUUCCAGGACCGAAAGGCCCACCCGGUCCGGCAGGGAAAGAUGGACUGCCAGGACACCCCGGACAGAGAGGUGAAACGGGCUUCCAAGGCAAGACAGGGCCUCCUGGGCCUCCUGGUGUGGUUGGACCUCAGGGCCCCACAGGUGAGACUGGACCAAUGGGAGAACGGGGACACCCUGGGCCUUCAGGACCUCCUGGGGAACAAGGUCUCCCUGGAGCAACUGGAAAAGAGGGAGCCAAGGGUGACCCAGGCCCUGCAGGCCCUCCUGGGAAAGAUGGUCCCCCAGGUUUGAGAGGAUUUCCAGGAGAACGAGGGCUUCCAGGCCCUGUUGGUGCUCCUGGUCUAAAAGGAAAUGAAGGACCCAGUGGCCCACCUGGGCCUGCUGGCUCUCCUGGUGAACGAGGCCCUGCUGGCCCAGCUGGACCCACCGGCCUCCCUGGACGUCCAGGACCCCAAGGCCCCCCAGGUCCAUCUGGAGAAAAAGGUGGACCGGGUGAGAAAGGUCCUCAAGGUCCAGCUGGAAGAGAUGGUGUCCAGGGUCCUGUGGGUCUCCCUGGUCCUGCUGGUCCAGUUGGUCCUCCUGGAGAAGAUGGUGACAAGGGUGAAAUUGGUGAACCAGGCCAAAAGGGAAGCAAAGGUGACAAAGGAGAACAUGGUCCACCCGGUCCCACUGGCCCACAGGGUCCCAUAGGACAGCCUGGUCCCCCUGGAGCAGACGGUGAACCUGGACCCCGCGGGCAACAGGGUCUUUUUGGUCAGAAAGGAGAUGAAGGACCCAGAGGAUUCCCUGGACCCCCAGGGCCUGUUGGGCUUCAGGGACUACCUGGGCCACCAGGUGAGAAAGGUGAAACUGGAGAUGUCGGUCAACUGGGUCCCCCUGGGCCCCCUGGCCCAAGAGGCCCCUCUGGACCCCCGGGAGCAGAUGGCCCACAGGGUCCCCCAGGUGGCAUUGGAAAUCCUGGACCAGUGGGAGAGAAGGGUGAAGCUGGUGAAGCAGGAGAGCCCGGUCUUCCAGGAGAUGUGGGCCCAUCGGGUCCGAGAGGUGAACGGGGAGAGAAGGGUGAAGCCGGUCCUGCCGGUGCUGCUGGCCCCCCUGGUCCUAAAGGUCCCCCUGGAGAUGAUGGACCCAAGGGCAGUCCUGGUCCAAGUGGUUUCCCUGGUGAUCCUGGUCCUCCUGGCGAGCCUGGUCAAGCAGGUCAAGAUGGUCCACCUGGAGACAAAGGAGAUGAUGGAGAACCUGGUCAACCUGGUUCUCCUGGUCCUACUGGUGAAUCUGGUCCCACUGGCCCACCUGGAAAGAGGGGUCCCCCAGGAGCUGUUGGGCCUGAGGGAAGGCAAGGUGAAAAAGGAGCUAAGGGUGAACCAGGUCUGGAGGGUCCACCAGGAAAAACAGGACCAGUUGGUCCACAAGGAGCUCCUGGAAAGCCAGGGUCCGAAGGUCUCAGAGGCAAUCCUGGUCCAGUUGGUGAACAAGGUCUGCCUGGUUCUCCUGGCCCAGAUGGACCUCCUGGACCCAUGGGCCCACCUGGAUUACCUGGUCUGAAAGGUGACACUGGUAUAAAAGGUGAAAAGGGCCACCCUGGUCUCAUUGGUCUGAUCGGACCUCCAGGCGAGCAAGGAGAGAAGGGUGACCGAGGUCUUCCAGGCCCCCAGGGGACAUCAGGUUCAAAAGGCGACAAUGGUAUUCCUGGCCCCUCUGGACCCAUUGGCCCCACUGGACCUCCAGGAUUACCAGGACCUCCAGGGCCAAAGGGAGCAAAGGGUUCACCUGGUCAAACUGGUCCAAAGGGUGAAGCAGGUACCCCUGGACCACCCGGUCCUCCUGGCCCACCCGGUGAUGUCAUUCACCCCUUGCCCAUGCAGUCCAGCCCUAAAAGAAGAAAAAGGAACAUAGAUGCCAGCCAGAUGAUGGAUGAACCCAACGCUGAAGGCUACAGGGACUAUGACGACGGUAUGGAGGAGAUCUUUGGCUCGCUGAAUUCCCUCAAGCUGGAGAUUGAGCAAAUGAAGCACCCACUGGGCACCCAGAACAACCCUGCACGGACCUGCAAAGACCUCCAGCUGAGCCACUUCGAUUUUCCGGAUGGUGAAUACUGGAUUGACCCCAACCAGGGCUGCUCCCGUGACGCCUUUAAGGUCUUCUGCAAUUUCACAGCUGGAGGGGAGAGCUGCAUUUACCCUGACAAGAAAUCUGAAGGAGCUAAACUCACUUCUUGGGCAAAGGAAGUUCCGGGGUCCUGGUUCAGUGAAUUCAAACGUGGUAAACUGCUUUCGUACUCGGACUCGGAGGGCAACCCGAUCGGUGUGGUCCAGAUGACCUUCCUCCGGUUGCUGAGUGCAGCUGCCCGACAGAACAUCACCUACAACUGCUACCAGUCGGUGGCCUGGUACGACCCCGAUGAGAACAACUAUGACAAGGCCAUUCGCUUCUUGGGCUCUAACGAUGAGGAGAUGUCCCACGACAACAAUCCUUACAUCCGUGCCGUGGUGGAUGGCUGUGCAUUGAAGAAGGGCUAUGAGAAAACUGUACUUGAGAUUAACACACCAAAGGUGGAACAAGUGCCUUUUGUUGACAUCAUGUUCAACGACUUUGGCGGAGCUUUGCAGAAGUUUGGAUUUGAAGUGGGGCCCGUUUGCUUCAUCGGAUGAGACACUGUUUACAGAAAAAAAAAAAAAAAAAAAUUAUAUAUAACUAUAUCGAAUUGACUACAACUAAGUGAACAGCACGACAAUAAAAAAAGACAUCGCCUUUGUAAAUCACUGUCUCCAAAAAAGAGUAAAGAUUCAAGACAAGGAAAUAAAUAUUCAAUAAAAGAAUGAAAAAGAGCAACCUUGUAACCUCAGUCUGCCUUCUCCAUCACAUGCAGGUUUUGAAACUGAAUGAGUCAGUCAUUUGCUAACCACUCUGGGACCCUGUGCCCUGCAAUUCUGUCCACCUCCCCAUUCCUUGAAACAGUGAACUGUCAUGUAGGUCAGGUUUUGGAGUCCCAGUUCCCCUGAGCUGUAUCAUUAGGAACAUCAUAUCAUUGGAAGCGGAACUUGUGACAAUCUUUGCCUUAAUUGGCAGUUUUUCCUUCCUUUCAGUCUCAGUCCUUCAUUUCAUCAAUAUCGCUGCCUAUUCUUUGGAAUAGUUCCUAUAUAUAAAAAAAUAUAAAUAUAUAAUUUUUUAUGUAUGUUUGUAAGUAUUUUGUAAGUAUGUUUUUCAGGAAAUGUGUAUUGAUUCGGGCUUCAAAACAUGCAUGUGACUGUUAUGUUGUGUAAUAAUGGAGAUAGAUACUUAUUUGGACAAAAUAAAGAGAUGGACUCAAAAAUUGGAUUAGAAAAAAGCAGUUUCAGUCCAGGAAGUGCCUUUUCUAUGUAAUUUAAAAAUUGAUGAUAAUAAAACUCAAAAAAGCACAACACUAUCAUCUGAGCUUUAAUUUGCAUUAUAAAUAAUGACAAAACUGGGGGUUUCGCCCUUUCUUUUUGUAAAAGCGUCUUCUGUACUUGCUAGAUCACUUGCUGAAUUUUUUAAUUUAAAGCAACUGAAGCGUUCACAUUUUCUUACAGUACGUCCAUAUUUGUUUGAUGAAUUUUAUACAAUGUGAGAUUAUAUAUGAGACGGAUAUCAUGUUGUAAUGGAAAAGAGACAUAGGUGCUAUUUUUACUUUUGUCUGUGGUGCUAUGUAUUUUCAUGUUUAAAUUCUCAAGUGAAUCACUGGUGAUGUCAAAACAUUACCAAGUCUUCCAGGAACCUUUCACAUCUUGUCCUCAUCAAGAGAACAUAAUGUUCCCCACAGUCAUGAGAACCAAACAUUUCGCAUGUCCUUUCCUUGUAUUGUCUAUGUAUAUUUUUUCAUGAAUCUUUUUUUUAUUUUCAUAUUUAGAACCAAGGAUAAUGCUUUCUGAAACAACUGCAAUUUAAGAAUUGUGGAAAAGCAGAUCUAAGAAAUAUGCUGAAUAUGGUGCUAAUUUAUAGAAUUCAUCCUCAGCAGCAGAUGUUGGCAAAGAAAAAUAAAGAAGAUAAAACGAUUGCAAUAUUUUAGUAUGGUUCCUCCAGAAAUUUGCUGUUUAUGGAUUUUGGAGACCGAUAGUUACUCACAGUGACUGCAACAUAAGCCUUCCUAACUUGAAGUUCUCCUCAUACUUCUUGAAGCUUCAUGCAGAAGUUUACCAUUUUAAUAGCAAUCAGAUGGAAUUCCCAAACGUUGGGCAGACAAGACUGAUGCAAAUAACACACAUAACAGAUGCUCAUGGCUUUCAGCUAAUAGUGAGACUUUAGUUUUCAGAUUUUUUUGGAGAACUUUUAGGGAAUUAAAGAAAAGAAUGCUUUUUCCAUUACUUUACAAACCAGGCUGCAUUCGGUCACUUGGUUUGCUGGUAUAGGGUUCACUUACAUCUUUUUUGUGUUUUUUCCUUCUGCUAAAAUUCUAAAUAAAUAUGAAAAUAUCAUGUAUGUAUAUCAUGGAACAAGGCAGGGAUUCCCAUACGAUUGGUUUAAAUACAGGGCUAACCAGACAAAAAAUUUCUUUUGUUUUUAUUUUUAUUUUUCUAG